CUUCCCAUUCUGCCUGCAGUACUCUCCCCUGCAGACGACCUGGAGGGGCCUCCCAAGCUGGGUGGGGUUUCUCUUGGGUAAAUUACCACAUCCUGGAGCACCAUCCAGCAGUGUUUUCUUAAGACCUGGAAAUGGAAGUCAGCGCAUUUAGUGGGGGAAAAAGUGAAAGCAUUUAGUGGGAUGACAGUCCAGAGCGUGCCUCUCUGUCCGUCUCCAGAAGGUGCGAUUCCAUGACAACGACCAUGGAGUCAUCCUAGAACAGAAAACAACAGGAAGAUGUCUUACUGAGAAAGACCCCCUUCAACUUGACCAUGAGUCAAACACGGAAGAAAAAUUCCUCAGAUGGAGAAACUAAACCCCGGACUUCAUUUGUCAACAAAUUCCUCAGGGGCUCCGAAUUUAUGUCCUCCAAAGCUGAAAACAGAAAAGAGAGCAAUGACCUUGAAACAACUGAUUUCCACCCCAGCAAUGCCGCACAGGAAACAGCCACCUUAGAUAUGGCUCAGCCUCUCGCUUCAGAAGUGGAAUUGGGAUCCAGGCUGGAGAAAAACGAGCCGUUCCUGCGGAAGCUGGGCACGACGGCUGUGGACAGGUGCCUGGAUCUGAACAACUGCAGACUGACGGCAGCGGACGUGAGGGAAGCGGUUGCUUUGCUGCCUCUUCUCCCAGACUUGGAAAAACUGGAUAUUUCCUGGAAUGAUUCUGUAGGUGGAAACCUCCACUUGGUUACCCAGCAAAUGCAUCUCGUCAGCAAGCUAAAAAUCCUGAGGCUGGGAAGCUGCAGACUUACCAUGGAUGAUGUUCGAGCCCUGGGAGAAGCACUCGAGGUGAUACCCGACCUGGAAGAGCUGAACUUGUCCUGGAACAGUGAAGUGGGAGGAAACUUACCUCUGACCCUCCAGAAGUUCCAAGAAGGGAGCAAGAUACAAACACUUGAGCUUGUGGAUUGUGACCUCACAUCUGAAGAUGGGGCAUUUGUGGGUCAGUUGCUACCCAUGAUGCAAAAUCUCGAAGUCCUUGAUCUUUCCAUUAACAGAAACAUCGGUGCAAGUCUGAACAGUAUUGCUCAGGGAUUAAAAAGUACCUCAAAUCUGAAAGUGCUAAAGUUACAUUCAUGUGGACUAUCACAAGAGAGUGUCAGACUACUGGAUGCCACUUUUAGGUAUUUGUGUGAACUGAAGAAAUUAGACCUUUCCUGCAACAGGGAGCUGGGCGGAGGUUUUGAGGACUCAUCAGCUCAGUUGGUCACACUGGAGCGUCUAGAAGUUUUGGAUCUUCACCAGUGCUCCCUAACGGCAGAUGACGUGGCGUCGCUGACCCAGGUAAUCCCUUUACUCGCGAGUCUUCAAGAGUUGGAUUUAUCUGCCAACAAAAGGAUGGGCUGCUCUUCUGAGCACCUUCUCAGCCGGCUCCGAUUUCUACCCACACUGAAGUCCUUACUCAUCAACAGCUGUGCCCUGGAGACUGAGACUUUUACCGCGCUCGCUGAAGCCUCCACUUACCUCCCUACUCUGGAAAUACUCGACCUUUCUUGGAAUAAAUGUGUUGGUGGCAACCUGAAGCUGCUUCUGGAAGCACUGAAGUUCUUAGCGUCCCUUCGAGUACUGAGACUGAGCAGCUGUGCCCUGGUGACCGAGGACGUGGCUCUCCUGGCAUCGGUAAUACACACAGGUCACCUGGCCAAGCUACAGACGCUUGACCUGAGCUAUAAUGACAGCAUCUGUGAUGCAGGAUGGGCCGUCUUCUGCCAAAAUGUGUGGUUCCUCAAAGAGUUGACCGAGCUGGAUAUUAGCCUUCGGCCAUCAGCUUCUCGGGAUUGCGGACAAUGGUUUAGACACUUGCUAUGUGCUGUCGCCAAACUUUCCGAGAUCACGGAGAUAGGAAUGAAAAGAUGGAUCCUCCCCACUUCGCAGGAGGAAGAGCUAGAACAUUUUCACCAAGAUCACAGACGAAGCAUUCACUUUGACCUUGGGCACAGCAAGAAGACAGCGACGUGCGAGGCAGAAGGAGAGCUCUCACCGGAGACCAACCAUGCCGGCGCCCUAAUCCUGGACUUCUCGCCUCUAGCGCUGUGAGAAGAUGUCUGCUGUUUGAGCCACCCAGCGUAUGGGAUACCGUUAUGGUAGCCUGAGCUGACGAAGCCAGUCAUUUUUCUAAUGAGGCCUACCCUGACCGUCUCAUUUAAAUCGAACCCCACCAACCCACCCAACACACACACACACACACACACACACACACAUGCACACACAAACUUACUUCUGGCUAUCUCAGUUCCCCUUAGCUUGAACUUUAUUCCAAUGCCACUUAUCACUUUCUAGCAGACUAUAUAAUUUUAUGUUUUAUAUUUCUUGUUUUUAUUUCUAUCACACUAGCCUUUAAGCAAUAUGAGGACAGAAAAAUUUGUUUUGUUCACUGAUGUAUUUCCAGUGGCUACAGCAGUGCCUGGCACAUAGCAGAAGCUCAGUAAGUAUUUGCUGAACGGAAUGAGCAAAUGAAUGAAUGAGGUGGCUGGGGGUGCUGUUUUAGAUAAGGUGGACCAAGGGCAGGUAUGAGGAUAUUUGAGCAGGGACUGAACUAAGUGAGGGCCGGAGUCUUGUCCAUAUCCGGGGAGAGCAUCUCUGGGCAGAGGGAGGAGCAGGCUUGGGCCUUGGGAAAACACGGAGGAUCUAUUGGUGACAUGAAAAUGGUAUUGAGGAGAUGGGGACUGAGAGCAGCCGUACAGGAGUCAGGUGGUGCUUUUCCAGGGGAACAGUAUCGCCCUCUAGAGGCAGUCUAGACUUUUGCGGGGCUUUUUUGGUGUCUUGAAGUUGAGCAGUCUUCAACUGUGUGACACGAGCCCUCGUGCACAGAGACUUUCCCAGGGUGUGCACGCUUGGGUAGUUUGCAGGCAACCCAUUUCCAGAGCUUCACCUUCCACAUGGACCCCUUCCUACAACGGAUCUGCCGAGGAGCCCAGCUGCUGCUUCUCCACUCCCACCUCUGCUUCACGGCUGCCCCUCAGGCACGCCUCUCAGCCCCCCGAAUCUGACUAGGGUGUGUUGCCCUGGACUCCCAAAACCUCUGGGACACCACAAAAACCAGACAAUACAUAAUAAUACCGAAAAAACAAAACAUAUGAACAAACAACAACAUAACAAAGGCUCUUAAAUACAGAGAGCUGUUGGU